AUUUUUUUGUGCAUUUUUUGUGAUACAGUGAUUAGUUUAAUUGCGAGUGAGAGGGCGAGUAAGCCCCACGCCGACAACUCAUUUCUGGGAAUUUAAGUGAAAGUGGAUCCGUGUUUCGAGUGAGUAUUGUGAAGAAAAAAAACAUGUGUGGCUUGAAGACUUGGGUGGCGGCAGUGGCGAGGCAGGUGCCGGAGUGGCUGCCCGCCCUGCCCGACUGGAACCUACCCGCCCUCAACCUCCACCUCCCGGAGUGGAACUUGCCCAACUUAGCGGAAUGGAACUUCGGAAACCUUCCUGCGUGGGGCAUGCCCGCGCUUCCUGCAUGGGUGUACCCAUCGCACGUGCGGGGAUGUGUGCGCGAGCUCGUGCUGUACGUGUGGGUGGUGUUCAUCACCUUCCUGGCCGUGAGAGAGGAUCCCGCGCGGGAGCAGCUGGUCGAGGAGGAGCACCCGGCGGGGGAGGUCAUCGUCGAGGGGCUGGAGGAGGUGGAGGCGCCGUCUCGGGACACGAAGGCGAUUUUAGAGGAAGAGGAGGAGGAAGACGCCGAGGAGGAGGAGGACGAGGAAGAUGGCUGGGGUCUUGGGAAGAGAGGCGGCCUCACGCGAUAUCCAGGCUUUGAAAACCUUUUGGAUCAGCCGCCCACCGCCGCCCCGCCCCCGCAGCCCGUUCACAGGACCACUCCUCUCUCGCUCUUCUCCCAGCCCGUCGGUAUACAGGGUGAUCUGAAGGAGAAACAGGUAAGCGAGGAAGGAAAAGAUGAAGAAAGUGAAGGUAAAGCUGCUGUUGAUGACGAAGAAAAAGACAUUUUGUGGCAGUCGCUUUUGGCGCGUUAUGCCGCGGACGAGAGGGAGCGACGGCGGAGCAUGGACGACGACACGGAGCAGGAGCCGCCCGAAUACGUCGGCACCGCGGAGGAGAUCGUCCAGAGAUACGCUGCAAAGUUCGAGUUCCCAGAUACGAAGGAGGAAGAUGAAUCAGCCGAAGUCUCAGCAGAAGAGUUUACCGCGAAGCUUGGUCGUCGCUUGGAGGAGUAUCUGGCCCGCCUAGAAGAGGACACCGAUGUCCAGGCCGACGCCAGGGCGCAGCCGACAGUGCAGGAAGGCCCUGUCGCCGCGGAAGACGGGGAAGAAGACGUGAUUGCUAAAGAUCUCGAGGAAGAGGAGGUAGUUGAAAAACCACAAAAAGUCCUGAGCAUCAAGGAGAGGUUCCUAAAUUUCAGGGAGGAUGAGGACGAGGUAAAGGACAUCAGAGAGGUCGAGGAAGAGGCUGCUGUGAAGGAAGAUGAGGACAUUUGCGAAAAGGAAAAUGAAGAAAAAUACAUGUUUACUCUCAGUGAAGAACAGGACGACUACCCCCUCGAAGAUGUCCCUUUGGAAACUGAGAAAGAGGAGGAUUCCAUUGUUCUCGACUCCCUCCCUGGAGCACUGAAACGAGUUUCUGAGGUGGUCAAUCUGAAGAAAAUGUCAGCUAUUGAGACAGAGCAAGAAAAAGUAAGUGACGAUUUAGAUGAAAAAGAGCUAGUAGAGACAGUACCUGAAUUAACACAAGAUGAGAAACUGGAAGACAGCAUAGAGUCAAAAGCAGAAAGGAAGGAAAGUGAGGUUACUGUACGAGAGAAACAAACCCACGGCGUAACAGUAAGGUUGAGUGGCAUUGUUGUUGAAGAGGAACCCGGGGACGAGGAUUUCCUGGAAGAGGAAGCUGAGGUAUCUGAUUCAAAAGAACUGGCUGAAGAGGCCCUGGAAACAUCAGCUGAUGCAGAAACGGCAGGUGAGGAAAAAGUAAAGAUACCUGAGGUCAAGUUCGAGGUCGAAGAGCUUGAAGAAAAGGUCAAGAUUGAAUAUGAAGAGAUUGACGAAUUAGAUUAUGAGGAGUUGAAGUCUGAAAACGAAAAAGCAGAUAUAUUGGGGGAGGAACUUGCACUAGCAGAUGAAGGUGCCAAAGUAGACACAUUACAAGAAGAGAAAGAUGAGAGGGUGAAAGCAGAAAAAUUGGUGGUCGAAGAAGGGGAGGAAAAGGUAGAAGAGGAAGAAAUGGAGAUAGAGCAUGCAGAAGAAAAGUUAGAAGUAGAACAAGCUGAAGAAAAAAUUGAAGUGGAAGAAGAAGAAAAGGUGGAAGUGGAACAUGCUGAAGAAAAGGUAGAAUUAGACCAUGCAGUAGAAUCAGCAACAGUGGAGGAAAUUAAAGUGAAAAGAGCUCUAAAGGCAGAGGUGGAAGCAGAAGAAAUAGAAGAAGUCUAUGCUGAAGAGAAGGUAGAAGUAGAUACAGAAGAAAAGAUGGAAGUAGAGCAUGCCGAGGAAAUGGUAGAAAUAGAGCAUGCAGAAGAGCUAGCAAAAAUAGAAGAGAUAGAAAUAAAACGAGCUUUAAAGGCAGAAGUAGAAGCAGAGGAAAUGGAGGAAGAAAAUGCUGAAGAAGAGGUAGAAGAGGAGGCAGAAGAAAAAGUGGAGGAAGAACAUGCUGAAGAAAAAGUGGAGGUAGAGCAUGCAGAAGAAGUGGCGAAAGUGGAAGAAAUUGAGGUAAAACGAGCUCUUAAAGCAGAAGUAAAAGCCGAAGAAAUCGAAGAAGAACAAGUUGAAGAAAAGGUAGAAGAAAAGACCGAGGAAAAGGUUGAAUUAGAACAUGCGGAGGAAAAGGUAGAAGUAAAGCAUGCUGAAGAAUCGGCAAUAGUGGAGGAGGUUGAAGUAAAGCGAGCAUUGAAGGCAGAAGUUAAAGCUGAAGAAAUGGAGGAAGAACAUGCUGAGGAGAAGGUAGAAGUGGAGCCUGAGGAAAAGGUAGAAGAAGAACAUGCUGAAGAACAGGUGGAAGCAAAACAUGCUGAAGAAACAGCAAAGGUGGAGGAGGUGGAGGUAAAGCAAGCGAAAGCAAAGGAGGAAGUUCCUGAAGUCGAUAAAAGUGCAGAAAAACCGACGGUAAAGAGUCGCUGGAGAAGAAGAGACCUCGAAGAAACAGGAACUGUUCGUGAUUUCUGGGAAAAACGAAAACCUCUUGGAGAAGCAGCUACUGUUGAGGCUUCAAGAGGAAGAUUUAUGACGAAAAAAGAAAAGGAGGAAAAAAGAAAACUAGAAGAAGUUGUACCGGUAGAUGACUUCUGGGGUGUUGAAGAAUCAGAGAAAGACACAAGCAAGAAAUCCGCACAGAAGUCCCUGGCAGAGGGAAUCGCAUCUGAAGCCGCGCCACCCGGGCUUUGGGAAGAUGAUGCAGAUUUGAGGAUUGGAGACAGAAGAAGUCAGCGAACUUCUGCAUUAUUAGAAACGAAUUUAGAUGAAGAUAUGAGGGAGGUAGCUGAGGACAAGGAUUUAUCAGUAGGUAGUGAAAGUCCUAUUCUUCCCGCUGCAGAAGAGGCUGAGGAUUAUCUUGCCGAGAUUGAGGACCUACUUGUAAAACCAAAGCAGAGAUUACCAGGUAAGUCACUGCAUGAAGAGGAUGAAAUGCAAGAGAAAGCCACUACAGACCCUCUUCUGGCAAAGUAUAUGUCAAUGCCUGCAAGUCUCACGAAAGAUGAAGAGGACGAACUUCGUAAAUAUCUGUCAGAGCAUGAGGAGACUGAAGAGCUUGACUUAGAAAAAUUCAUGACUAUGCCACACUCAUUAACCGAUCAGGAACAAAAGGAGCUAGACGAGGCAGUGAAAGAGCACCAGAGUGUGCGGGAGAUGGAGCGGCAGGGCUUGGAUCGCUUUUUGCAGAUGCCGGUGGGUCUGACUGAGCAAGAAUUACGGGAGCUGCAAGAACUGGAGCAAGAAGAAGACGAUGAUCAGGUCUUCGAGGACACAGAAGGAGACAAGUUUGAUGACUAUCUGUCAAUGCCAGUGGGUCUGACAGAGGAUGAGGAAAGGUUGUUGCAUGAAGGUGACGAGGAUAAUGAGUUUGAAAACGAAGAAGAAUACCGACAACACAUCAAAAGCAAGUUCUUGCGGGAAUUGGAGGAGGAUGCUUAUCGUAUGGCCUUGGAAGAUGAUGAGUACGGGUAUGAAGAUGAGGAUGAGUAUGAUGAUGAAUAUGAGUAUGAUGACGAAUAUGACGACGAAAUGGAUAUGGAAGGAGAAUAUGUUAUGGUAGAAGAUGAAGGCCAGGAAGGCGCUGUAGCAGUUGCACCUGGCACUGGCGCUCAUCCCACCGGCACUCCUGCAGCAGCACCUAUGGUGGACGAAGCAGUGAGCACAAUGGACGAGGAUGAACAGAAGAAGACGAAGAAGAAGCUCUUCUCAUUCUCGAAAAAAGAGACUUCCCCAGAGGAGACGCCUGGGACGCAGACCAAGAAGUUUUUUCAUUUCGGCGGCCUUGGAGCCAAAAAGAAAAAGGAGGAUCCUGAGCCACCACACAGAAGGUUUGGAGGAGGAGGUGGCGGUGGGGACUCCUUCACGGCUGCGCUUUGCACUAUUACUAGCAAGGUCAAGGGGCAAAUUGCAGAACUGCACUUACCCUCCAAAACUUCAUUAAGAGAUAGAGUCCUUAUGAGUAAAAAGCCAUUUCAGUUUGUUAAAGAAAAUAUUUCAAGUCAGAAGAAAGGCAAUAAUGAACUGACAGAACCUGGGGCUGAGAAAGCACUCGUAGACAUUAGACGUCUAUUAGAUGAGAAAAUGGGUAUUGCAGCAGCAGGUUCCGAGAGUAUAGAAGGCGCUGAAAAGCUAGAAAGUAAGGAAAGUGCUGAUGAAAAAAUAAAGAAGUCAGAAAUAAGUAAAGCACCCAUGACUGCUGAGUCAUUGAGCAGCAGUUUGCCACCCUCCAUUCCAGAGAUCAUUAUAGGCAGUGGUGAUGAGGAAAUAGAUGAAGAAGUAGCCAGUGUAUUUAUGCUGGAUUUGGUGUCUGAGACAGAACAGCAGGUCGUUCUGCCUGAGGGUGUUGAGCCUCUAAAAGGUGGCGGAAGUCCCUUUGACCAUGAAGAAGAAUUCUGGCGGCAGUGGAAAGAUGAAGAACAAGCAUCCGUGGCCCAAGAAAGAGAUUCUGCUUCUCCAUGGGAAAUACGCCAUCAGGCUGACCAUCAAGGUGUAAAUUUAUCUGAACAGGAAACCAAGCCUGGGGAUCAGCAAAUUAAUGCUUCAGAUGAAAUGCACGAAUCUGUAGUAGAUUUUAUUCAUGAGGAUGUAAGAGACUCUGUCUCAGAAGAAUUACAGAAAACCUCUUCAGAGGAGUUGCAAGAAUCUUCCCCUGAGGAUUUGCUAUACAGUACUUCUGAGGAACUGCAAGAUACGAUUCCAGAGAAAGUACAGGACAUUUCUGUGCAGGAGGAUUCUCUGUCUGAAAAGUCAGAAACUUCCCCUGAUAUGUCUCAUGGCUCCUUAUCUGAGAGAGUAGAAGACAGUAUUCCACUGGAUUCCAUGCCCGAGGAGAAGAUAAAAGCUUUUGACAUUAUGCUUGAGCAUAUGGAAACUGCUGUAUUGGAAGAGCUACAAGACGAGCUGAGACGCGAAGAGAAGCCUGAACACUUCAGCCAAAAUGAUGACUCCACCAGAAAAGAUAUGCAAGAUUCUUAUGGUAAGUUGCAAGAAAUUACUAGAGAGGAACUUCAGGACUCUCCUUCAGAAGAUCAGAUCUCUACUCCAGAAAGUUAUGAGGACAGUCUUUCUGGAAAGUUUCAGGAUACCACCCCAGAUGAAUCACAGAGUGCUAUUGAUGUGAAAAGUCAGAAGUCAAGCCAAGGAGAUCUUCACGAAUCAAGCUCUGAAAAGUUACAAGAGAUCUCGACCUCAGAUGAUCAAGAUUCCACACCUGAAAAAUAUCAAGAUGCUCUAUCAGAUGAGGCACCGAAAUCUCUGUCUGAAGAAGCACAAAGUGCAGUACAUACAGAUGUAAUUGAUACUGCACAAGCUAAAAAUCGAGAUACUCCUUCUGAUAGUAGUCCAGAGAUUUACAGCUCACUCUCUGAUGGACUGCAUGACACUACCCCGGAAGAGGCACUCAGCUCUUUCUCAGAAAAAUUGAAAGAUCCCUCUCUAGAAGAGGCACUCAGUUCCAUCUCUGAAAAGUUGAGAGAUAUUACUCCUGAAAAGACUUACAGCUCCACUUCUGAGGGUGGCCCUACCCCAGAGGAAAUACAGAGCUCUACCUCUGAAGAACUGUGUAGCAUUACCCCAGAACAGACAAAGACUCCUGAAGAACACAGCUCUAUCUCCGAAGAACUGUGUGAAGAGUCACUUAGUUCCACCUCUGAUGGACUGCAUGAUAUUACCCCAGAGGAGGCACAUACCUCUGUUUCAGAUGAACUAAAAAGCGGUUCCACUUCAAAUGAGUUCCAUGAUGCCACCCCUGAAGAGAUGCAGACCUCAAUUUCUGAAGAACAGGUUUUAUCACCUGAAAAAUUCCAAGAUGCCCUCACAGAGGACCUGCAGGAUUCCACCGUGGAAGAAGUAAGGAACUUGUCUCUUGAAGAAGGAGGUGACAUGUAUAAAAGACUAACAUCUGUGCAUGACUCUAGCCAUGAGGAUCUACAGGAUUCUAUUUCUGAACAUUUACCAAGUUCAACAUCUGAGGAUUCGAAGAAGGAUAUGAAGGAGGAUUCCACUGAAGAGCACCAGAGCUCUACUCCAAGUGAGUUAAUCUCAAGCCAUGAUGUACUGGAUUCUUCUGCAUCUGAAAAGCUGCGGGAAUCGGCAUCAGAUGAACAAAUCUCUAUACCCGAAAAGGUACAAGAUGUGAAAAAGAUACACGAUUCCACCUCAGAAGAACAGAUAUCUGAGUCUGUUUCAGAGGAACAAGCUUCCACACCUGAAAAGUUUCAGGAUGCUCUCUCAGACGAAAUACAGGAUGUGAUUCCCAAAGAACUACAAGACAGUGAACAAAAUUGCAGCCUAGGAGAUGGUAUAAAUCAACAAGAACUUCAGGAUUCUACUACCGAGGAACUACAAGAAAGACUGCAGGAUUCAGAAUCAGGUGCCACCAUGUCAGAUGUGGAGGAAACAGCAGAGUCCCCAAUGGAGCAGAAGAAGCUGUACACCUUUAGGGAGUCGGAGGAGGAGGAGUUAGAUGAGGAGGAAGAGAGGAACUUCUGGAAGGAAGUGGCUGAGGAGGAGGAGGAGGAGGACCUCGACGUCAAGGACUUGGAUCAGGAGAUUGACUACACAGCCUUGAUCAAGAAGGAGGAGACCGUCGAAGACGGAGACGAAGCCCCUAUGGAGACCACAGAGGCGCCCGCGGAGAACGGUGUAGAACCCACAGACACGACAGAGAAGAAGAAAAAGAAGAAGAAAUCGGAAGAUGGCGAGAAGAAGUCCAAGAAGAAGAAGAAGAAGAAGAAGGGUGAAUCCGAGAAGGAGAACAGAAAGGAGGCAGCUAGCAGCACAUCACCCAGUGAGACAGGCAGUGAGGAAGAGGAAGACCUCUGCCCAACACCCCCAUUAUUUAAUGGUCAUGCCAUUACCAAUGGUGUGGAUAGCAGUACCACAGACAUUCCCAUUGAAGAGGAGAUAGCCAGUACUGAAGACUCCCACAGUGAUCAUGACAUACAUGGAAGAGAAGGCUUCCGUAGCUUAUUAGAGGUUUACAAACGUGAAGGCACACCCAAGGAGGUCCGUGCUCAGACCCCACUCAGUGAUGAGGAGGACCUAGCUGGUGUUAAUGUCAGAAAGCUGAGGGUCUCCUACUUGAAUGCAGCACAAGAUAAACACGCCCAAGAAGAGAACCAGAAGAGCAACCUCAGUACAGGGGUCAAUAUCACAAACUUGGUUGGAGCCUACUCAUCUCCAGUGCCACGCGCAGCAACACCUUCCAGUCGGCCGGAUGACCUCACGCCUGUCUCGCUAAGAUCACUGAAGUCAGCAUAUGAGGCAACGGCGACAGGAACCAGUAGUGCGGGCAGCAGGCACGGCAGCAGUAGCUGCAGUAGUCCAGUUGGUGGCAGCCCUGCACCCAAGGAGGAACUAAAUAUCUCCCUACAACAGCUGCGUGAGGAGUACUGUCGCUCUGUAUUGGAAGGCGACAGUCGCUCCAACACCCCAACCAAGGCACCCCCAGAAACUGGAGUUUCAAUCAGACAACUUACUCGGAGUAUGACUGACUUGACGACUGUAGGCCAAGAUACGCACACGUCCAUUAAAGAUGAUGACCGAUCAGUUUUGGCCACGGUCAACGUAAAAGCGUUGACAAGAAGCUUCACAGACCUGACACGUCUCAGUGAGCCAGUCAUGCCCCCCAAUCGCAUGACACGCCCACGUUAUGACACUGCACCAGCGUCUGUGUCAGUCAAGCCAUUGCCCCGCACGAAGGCGAGCGAGCGAGGGCGCUGCCAGGAGAGCGGCGCGCGGGAAAGGCGGGGGGCGGCCGGCACCAUGGUGGACCUCGGGGGACGCCGCUCCAAGCCCUCCCACCUCAACAACAACAACCACCAUAACAACAACCACAAUAACAACAACCACAACGGCAGCAACGUGGUGACGCCGAGAGCCAACGUGUACACCGGCGUCUCCGUGAAGCACCUGCGGCGGAGUUAUUGUGACAAGGCCCGGCUGAGCGAAUCUGGUAACGGAGGUGAUGGCGGACGGGCGCCGUACAUCACCAAGGCUAAGGUCGCGCGCCUGUGCUCGACCUUCGUGGGCCCUUCGCCCCCCAUGCCCACGCCGGCGGUGCGACGCAGCAUCUCCACCGGGUUGUCUCUGAACCAGAGGAAGGCGGUAUAUCUAAACCGCGACGACAUCUUGGAGAAGCACGUAGGGCCUCGAGUCCGCUCCUUCGACGCCUCAAAAAUGAAGAACAAGUUUGAAAAGCCAAAGCAAGUGUCCCAGAUGCCGACCGAGUGCAAGCAAUGCGGGAAGCAGGUGUUCCAGAUGGAGAGGAUCGUGGCCGAGAGAGCAGCGUGGCACAAGAACUGCUUCCGCUGCACCGAGUGUAACACCAUCCUCACGUUGGAGACGUACCAGAGCCACGAGGGCGUCCUCUACUGCAAGCCGCACUUCCGCGACCUCUUCCGCCCCAAAGCCGUCAUCGAGGACCCCAUGGAGGCGCGCAAGGACCGGAUGAUGCGACGGCCCAAAAUGAUCAUUCUGGAGAGCCAGCCGGAGGAUCUGCCCGAGAACGUAGUCAGAUCCACCGACAGGCCCGACUAUGGCCUCGAAGAGUUGUCCACAGCGAACGUCCGGCAGAAGUUCGCCAUGUUCGAGCAGGCGGCGCAGGAGGACGAGCUGCAGGCCGACCCCGCCCAGAUCAGGAGGUCCAACUCCCUGCUCAACAGGGCAGCCAGAUUUGCGUAUGGCGAGGACGACGACUAUGGCAUCGAGAACUCAGAGCUCGGCGACUACGAGGAGGACGAAGAGGACGAGGACGAGGACGAGGAGGCGGGAGAGGGAGAGGAGGGAGAGGAGGGAGACCCAGAGGCCGUCAAGACCAAGAAGAAGAAGAAGAUCACUCGCCCGGUGAGCUUUGCUGGGAUGGAAGAUCUUAAGAGACAGAGAAACCGCCGAGACGAGAUGAGGAAGAGGCGUAAUCAGGAACUGUCGCAGUUCCGUCAGAUGCUGUGUGCUGGUAAAAAUAUUUCCACAAGGGAAAUGUUUGAGUCUGGAAACCUGGACGGCCAGAAUGACAAAAACAAGCGACCAGAUCAGAUCAACAUUGAGGGUCGUCCCGCCACAAAGAACCUGAGGGAUAGAUUCGAGAAGGGAGAGCUUGGUGGUAGCCUUGAUGAUCAGAAAGAAGUUGAUGAAGUGUUCCGGAACAGUGAAACAGCCAGCAAGGCUCGUAACCUGUUCAAGCAGAUGGAAGCAGGAGAUGGCCAAGAGGACGAUGAGCGAGCUACCACAAAGCCUCGUGAAAAUAGGUUAUCAAAAGAGGGCAGGCGCAUUCGAAAUCUCACUUCGCAGGUCGGAGAUGGAGCGAAUGGCGAUGGAGACGAAGAGGGAAUUGAAGGUUCAAAUAUUUUGGACCGCUUUAAAUUCUUUGCAACCUAUGAGGACCGUGUCAAAGAACAGGAGAAGAAGAAGAAAAAAGUAUUCCGCAUCACCCCACCUCGUGAAGGAGCCCAGGUUGAUGAAGAGCUCUUAAAGGCCCAUAUGCCUAAACGUUGCAUGGCAAUUAAUUGUCCGGUGUGCAGGCUUCGGGGCUGUGAUGACGAGGAAGUGGCCGACUUCUAUGGACGUGAUCCUAAUCUUGUCAAGUGCACUGACAACCUAGAAGAACCAUUAGAUUGUCGCAAAACCAAAAGCGUGCUUGCCAUGUUCAGGAAAAUGGAAAUGCAAGAGGAUGAAGAUACCAAAGGCCCUCGACCACUGAAGCGCUUUACACCACCACCAGAGGGUGAAUGUGAUGAUUCAGAUGACGAAGAAUAUUCUGAUGAAGAGUACUCUGAUGAAGAGGAUGAAGAAGAUGACGAUGAAGAAGAGGAGGAGGAGUCUGAUGAUGAUGAAGGACCCAGGAAACCAAAGUACAAGGAUGAAAUCUUAGAGAUGCUGGCUAAAUCCUCACAGAGUGCCAGAAAAGCAGCUUCGCUGCGAGCCAAAUUUGAGCGGUGGGAGUCGGAGGUUGAACACAACAACGAGUACAACCGUAAUGAAAAGAACGAAGAUGACGAAGAGUGUAUGCCGUCCAUUGACACCGCCCGCAACCUCCGUGCCAUGUUUGAGAACAAGGCCCAGGAGGCAAGCCGGCCGGUCGUAAGCAGUCAACCCAAGUUGAAGGUCAACAGAUUUGUGGGUGGUGGGGGAGACAAGUGUCUGUCAUGUGACCGCACUGUAUACGCAAUGGAGAGACUGGAAGUUGCUGGUCGUGUACUACACAAGAAUUGCUUCAAAUGCUGCAAAUGUAGUACAAAACUUAGCAUGAAUUCAUUCUCCAUAGGCGGUGAGGACAUAUACUGCAUGACACACUACAAACAGGCUUUCACAGAAAAAGGAACAUAUGAUGUAUUUACACCUAACAAAGGGAAGUGGACAAGAAAAAUUGAAGCAACAAGUUCAGAAUUGGCAAAGAGUCAAGAAUAGAAAAAACAGUUUUUAGACUAUUGUAGAUACAAUAUUCUGUAAAAAUCAAUAAAUGGCAAAGUGCCAUAUGACUUCACACCUUAUCAGUGAAAAGAUGGCAGACUAAGAUCAUUAAUAAUUUGAGUUCUUAUCAUUGGUGGAUAAUGACAAAGAUCUUAAAUGAUUGUCAUUUUAUAAACCUGACCUGAACUGUAAAAUUUCUGUUUGGUUUUGUUUAAGAAAUAUAUAUAUUGUUCUUCAUAACCACAUCUUAGAUCCAGUUUUUGUCAUCCAUUCACUGAUUGAGAGGAUUCAAACAAAUAUAUUUUGGUACAGCUAACAGCAUGCCAUCAACAAAUCUCAUACCACAAGUCCCAAGGUACUCUGCGAAGUACAUUCUCCCCUAUUGUGCCACCAGUAGAUCUGGCGAUGACCAUUGUGGGGGUCAGGGCUGAGUUGAAGUUGUGUCUCGGCACUUGUUCAGCAAGUUUUCCGGAGAAAGCCUUCACUCAGCAACAAGGAAGCCUGACCAAUAUUUUCUGUAAAAAUAUUGAUUAUUCAGCACUUUGUGUGUAGCCAUAUCAUAUCCGAUAAAGUAUUAUAUUCAUUAUGGUCACUUCAUGGUACGAUGCCACAUAAGAAUUAGACUAGUCAUAGCACUUUAUCACAGUAAAAUAUAGGUUAUAGUGUAAAUUCAACAAAACACUUUAUGAGAGUUAUAAGACCCAAAGAAUUGUGUCUCAACUGGCUCUUGGGAGUUUUACUUCUUUUUUAUAGCCUUCUAAUUUUUGGGACUCCCUGGUUUAGCACAGUGAAUGUUGUAAGCUUGUCUGCCAACUGAGACCUGCCAAUAAUAGUUUCAGUGGCACUUGGUUCCUCUCAGAUGGCACAAAUUAUUCUUAUUUCUGUGAUUUUAUGAAAGCUUGAUUUGUCAAUGAUAUUGUCAUUACUGCAGAUUUUAUUUGAUUUGAUUUUUUAUCUUAUUAUUAUUUUUUUUUAUCUUGUGAUUCAAAUAUUAAGGACCACUGAAUUUGGUUUAGUGUUUUUGCUUUAAUGAGGGAUUUUUGACUAUCCACUUAUUCAAACCAAAAACCAAACUGAAGGUAUUUAUUUGUAUUGCAAGUGGGCUCUGUGACCUCAUCAAUUCUGUUUUUAGUAAAGAAAUCAAACUUCA